UGUGCUCCUCCUCUCUCACACACUCCAUCCACAUGCACGGAUGGAUGAGGUCAUUCCAGAUUGAGGAUUGCAGAGUAGAGAGAGUAGGCGGCUGCUGAUAUAAAACUCUGCAUGGAUCCCUUCAGGAUCAGGCAGUUGACAGCGGCUUGGAGAGAGUUCAGACCUGCGAGCCAUGGGACAGAAGCUGAAGGGACCCACUCUGCGAGCCGAGGCCGCCUGCCGGGAGGUGAUGACGGGUCUGGGCUGGGACGAGUCGGUUCUGGUCCUCGUCCAACACUGUCGGGACAUGAAGCAGCAGGAGACGCGCCUGCGCGUCGUCACUCUGCUCCUGAUGCUCGGCUGCACGGCGCUGUACAUUUUCUCCAUCUGUGCUGAUCUAAGGAAACAUGCAGACUCCGGCUCCAGUGAACACAGGAGCCCCGUGGCAGCCUUCUCCAGGCAGGAGCGACUGUGCCCCACAGAUAAUCCUCCAGACAACUCCCAAAGAUUCCAAAUUCAGCUCAGGUCUUUGGCCGAAGACAACAAGGACAAUGACGUGUACUUGAAGUGGGACGUGGAGUUCUUAAAGGAAGCCGGGAAAUACGACGAAGAAAAGCGCGCCAUCGUGAUCCAAGAGAAAGGCGUCUACUUCGUCUACGCGAGGUUUGACUUGGUCUACCAGGGCGUUGGCACAGACGUGAAGUUCACAAAGUUCUACGUGGAGCUGACCAACUGGAACGAAGCCUACAACGUCACUACGCCGAUCACGGAAGCCAGGGAAUGGAUAACGUCCCAGGAGUUCAGGAGCGUGUUCGUGGGGCAGCUCUUCGAGUUAACGGGAGGAGAUCAUGUGAGCGUGAGGAUCGGGUCAGGCUAUAAACUGAUCGAACGCGCGUUCUUUGGUGUUUAUAUGGUAUAGAGAUAUCAUAAUGUAUUUUAUCUAAAUUUUAUUUUUAAUAUAAACAAAUAUUAAUCUAUUUUUGGUUAUUUAUCACAUCUCAUCAUUAAGCUCAAGGCUUAAAAGACGUGUGUGAAGAUGUUGUUCCUGUUUCUGUUCCUAUUUUCUGUUUCUUUUUAUUUGUCAUCGGAAAUGUGUCAGUUCUUCAAAUGUAAUAUUUCAUCACUUGAACAAUAGAAAGUUAAACCUGUUCACCUCUCACCUUCCUGGGGGGAAACUGUGGGACUGUGAAUUCAUCAGCGUCGACUUGAAGAUAAUGUCGGUGAUAAAAAAAUUGCGAAAAUGAUCUAGUACAGGAUGAAUAUCAGGACUUGUUUGAAAACGGUUCAACACCUUUAGAAAAAAACAUAAUUAUCGUUGUUUUAUGAAAAGAACACGGUGACUUCACUUCCUCCGUUCUUACCGUCAUAACUACUACAGCCACCAGGGGGCUUUGUCACUUAAUUAACAAGUAUCCACCCACCGUGAUGUCACCCGUCGUGGUGAGAGAGGGGGUGGAGCUACACCCGCGACCUGCAGCCAUUGGACGGUAGAACGCUACGUCCUUUUUUUCACAUGCAGUCAAUGUUAAAUAAUAACUGACGUCAUUUGGUGGCUUUGAAUGAAAACACAUGAUUCAGUGUGAGUGUUUUUAUCCGUAGCAACCUGGUGUUUGACUUUCUGUCUCACUUGCACUUGUGCCGAGGCUCAGACGUCAUCCCCUCAUGGUCCCGUUGUCUGAUCUUAGAUCUCGUGAAUCCUUCGACUUGAAUUUUUUAUGAUCCCGCCCACCCACGCCUCUCCUCCAAUGAUGACUCAGAGGGAAGAGAUGAAGGCGGAUGUGAUAAAAUCUGAGCAACAUGAGUUAUUAUUCAUCUGGGUCUAAAAAUAAAAAGACUGACGCAAUCGUUGACAGGGGGGAGGAAGUCAUGACGCGGCGCGUCCAGGACUUCCAGCUGAGGAGGAGGAGUUCUAUCUUGCGUAACUUUCACAGAGGAGAGAGUUUCUUUUUUCUUCUGUUGUGUUUCACUGUAAUAUUGUCAGGUAUCGACCUCACUGUACAGAACCUAGACAUGAUGUAUGUUGUGGUUUGACGCUGUACAAAUAAAAUUGAACUGAACUGAA